AUGUCUGCUUCUUCUCUUCUUCUCCAUCGAAACCUCUUCUCCUUCACCUUCUCAUCAGCAAACACAAUCCUCACAAAACCCUAUUUCGCUACCUCUAUCAAAUCCAUGGAAGAAGCUCAACACAACCUCCCGUCAACAGACUCAUCCAUUUCGGAAUCUGUAAUCAAUCGGAAUUACCCAAAACCCAUCACAGCUCCGCCGCCUCCGAUCUCGAAAGACAUCGAACUCAAUAGAGCAACAGAAGCUUCCUCGAAAUCGAUUCUCUUCAAUCUCACAAGAGACCAUAUACUAUACGAAGACGAAUGGCUCAUGGCCGUAAACAAACCAAAAGGCAUAUACUGUGAAUCUGUUCUCUCCUCUGCUCCUCAAAUCAUCGUCGAUUCUCAAUUGAAUGAGUUUCAUCUCGCGAAUAGAUUAGAUCGUGACACGAGUGGCGUGAUGCUCAUAACAAAGUCUCAUAAAGUCGCUGCGAAGCUCGUUAAGGUGUUCACGGAGCACAAGGUUCGCAAAUCCUACAUUGCUCUCUGUAUCGGUUCGUCGUCGACUCCGAAUUGGAGCAGGAUCACGGUUAAGUCCGGUCACGGCCGGUCGAAACACGGAGCGUGGCGGGUUUACGGUGCCUCGGACGUUGGUAGAGUCUUGCCAGGAGGAUCGUUCGUUAGAGAUAUGGAGACAACGUUUGAAGUUGUAUCCGCAAACGGUGAAAAAACCAAACUUUGCGAAGAAGAAAGAGUGAUUGUUGUUGAAGAAGGAGAACAAGAAUUGAGUUGUGAUGGAGAUGGAGAGAAAGAUGAUGUUGUGGUUGUGGUUAGGGCGUUUCCGAGGAGUGGGAGGACGCAUCAGAUUAGGUUACAUUGUCAGUAUCUUGGGAUACCGAUAAGAGGAGAUGUCAAGUAUCAUGGACUGUAUGAGUGGAGAGGAAGAAGAUUCGAAGGUCAUGAGCUUCAUGCUGAGUGUUUGUCUUUGGAUCAUCCGGUUACGGGUGAUUCUAUGGUUGUUCGGGCUCCGCUUCCGUGCUGGGCCGCCGCCGGAGAUGGGUAA